GCCUCUCCGACCCCAUUCCUGUUUCUCCAUAUCUUAUGUUUAAUGAAUCUUGUUUGGUUGUUUUUGUCUGUGGCAGCGUUUAUGACUGAUAAGUAUACAUGGUUUCUCAUACAGAAGGAAGUGAUGAAAAUUGCAAAGAGGAGACUCAUGGACGUAGCUUGGCUUACAUAUAAUAUUAUUUUUUUGUCAGAACGAAAAUUUGGGAAUCUGUUUCAAUUGUAAUGUCUCUAAGGUUGGCUUACCGUCUGUAUUAAUUCAUUGAUACCAAUUCUUCCAUUUCUGUUAUGUUAUACGUGCUCUGGUUUCAAGGGUGAGGAGCUAAACAUAUAUGCUCUCACAAUCUUAAAAGGGAAGCUUAAGUAACUACAAAAUUAUCCUGAAGAAGAAGGAUAUUCUCAUCUAAGAAGACAAACCCAGUAAUUGGAAUUAGUGAAAGAUGCCUCAACACUAUCAGACAAUUUUGAAGUUUCUUUGAUCUGGUACCAAGUCAAAGGUCCAUUUCUGAAAAGCUGUCGCGAAAUCUUGAUAUGAGCAUCUACUAAAAGCAGUAAAUAACAAUUUCUGGCCUGUUAAUGGUGACGUAAUGACCUGAGAAGUCUUAAAGCAUGAAACGACAUGAUUGGAGAAGGCAACAUCACCACCACCGUAAUUACAUGUUUUUAUUCACAAUUGGGUAUCUAUUUCAUAAAAGUAAUCAUUCAUAAAACGACACAAACCAAAUGCUCAUAACAUAUGCUCGCUGAGACACCCACUUCUCAGAAACUCAGACUCAUAAAACAUGGCUGUAGCGGAUGACUUUCGUCAAAGCUUGAUUACCAGGGACUGGUUUUUGACGAGUAAUCCUUCUGGUUCAACAAUCUUCACACUGCUGGCGAUCCUAGCUGGAGUUGUGUGCUACCUGUAUGGGCCUUACUGGGGAGUCAGGAAGGUUCCCGGCCCCCCAUCAUUUCCAUUGGUAGGACACAUUCCCUUGAUGGCUAAGUAUGGCCCUGAUGUGUUUUCAAUUCUUGCCAAAAGAUAUGGCCCUAUUUUCAGGUUUCAUAUGGGUAGACAGCCUCUGAUAAUAAUAGCUGACCCAGAGCUCUGUAGAGAAGUUGGAAUAAAAAAAUUCAAAGACAUUCCCAACAGAAGCAUUCCUUCUCCCAUUGCAGCUUCACCUCUUCAUCAGAAGGGUCUUUUCUUCACCAGGGAUGCAAUAUGGUCGACCAUGCGAAAUACAAUAUUGUCAGUGUAUCAGCCAUCUCACCUGGCGAGUCUAGUGCCCACCAUGCAGUCAUACAUUGAAUCUGCAACUCAAAAUCUCGACUCCUUUAAAGAGGAAGACAUUACUUUCUCUAAUCUUUCGCUCCAACUGGCCACAGAUGUUAUAGGACAAGCUGCUUUUGGUGUCAACUUUGGCCUCUCAAAACCGCAAUCUGUCAGUGGUUCGAUUACUAACAGUAUUGACAGCCAAGACAAUGCAAAGGAAGUUUCAGAAUUUAUCAAUCAGCACAUCUACUCUACGACUCAACUUAAGAUGGAUUUGUCAGGCUCUUUCUCCAUCGUAAUAGGUCUACUUGUUCCUAUACUUCAAGAGCCAUUUAGGCAGAUCCUGAAGAGAAUACCUGGUACUAUGGACUGGAAAGUUGACAGAACUAAUAAGAAUUUGAGUGGCCGGCUUGAUGAAAUUGUGGCAAAAAGAAUGAAAAAGAGCAACCAAGAUUCAAAGGACUUGCUGUCACUCAUAUUGAAGGCAAGAGAAUCAGAGACUGUUUCAAAGAAGAUUUUUUCUCCAGAUUACAUCAGUGCAGUAACUUAUGAGCAUCUACUAGCCGGGUCAGCAACAACAGCUUUUACUUUGUCUUCAAUUGUCUAUCUAGUUUCUGCACAUCCAGAAGUUGAGAAGAAGCUGCUUGCAGAGAUUGAUGGGUUUGGUCCAAGAGAUCAGAUGCCAACCGCUCUUGAUCUUCAACAAAAAUUUCCCUAUCUUGAUCAGGUGAUAAAAGAAGCCAUGAGGUUUUAUUUGGUAUCGCCUUUAGUCGCAAGAGAAACAGCAAAAGAAGUUGAGAUAGCAGGUUACCAUCUCCCCAAGGGUACGUGGGUCUGGUUAGCCCUCGGAGUUCUAGCAAAAGACCCGAAGAACUUUCCAGAGCCAGACAAGUUCAAGCCAGAGAGGUUUGAUCCAAACUGUGAAGAAGAGAAACAAAGGCAUCCCUAUGCUCUAAUUCCCUUUGGAAUUGGCCCCCGAGCAUGCAUUGGCCAGAAAUUUUCCUUGCAAGAAAUAAAGCUCUCAUUGAUACAUUUAUAUAGGAAAUAUGUAUUUCGGCAUUCCCCCAACAUGGAAACACCUGUAGAACUUGAAUAUGGCAUUGUCCUCAACUUCAAGCGUGGUGUAAAGCUUAGAGUCAUAACGAGAACAUGAACAUUAUUGUAUGCUAUUCGCUUUCCUUGAUGGAGAUCUUUAUAUAUCAAUAAACUAUUGAAAUGAUUUUCGUUCCAA